AUGUUAGCCCAGAUCUUUCUAUUGCUCUCCUCGAUUUCUGGGAAGGAGAACACAAACCAGAUACACAUUCAAAUGAAGGGAACAUUGUAUAAUGAACUCCGCCUGGCCGGACUGUUCUGUGACGCCAUCCUCAAAGUUGAGGAGGUUCAGUUUCCAAUUCACCGGACCAUCCUCUAUGAUUGCAGUCCCUACUUUCAAGCUCUUUUUAAACACUGUACAAACACAGGCCAGAUUUUCCACAUACCCCUGGUGUUUCCUGACAUCCUGCGGAUCAUCAUUGAGUUUGCAUACACUGGCUCUGUUGCUUCCACAGAGGACAACGUGCAGGAGUUAAUGAUGACAGCUGAUAUGCUCAACAUAAUCUGCAUCAUACAAGAAUGCUCCCACUUUAUCGGUGAUCAGAUCUGCCCACAGAACUGCAUUGGCAUCUGGCAGUUCACACAUACCUGCCACAGCACCGAGCUGCGGGAAGAGGCCUCCCGCUACAUCAUCCAGCACUUUGAGGAGAUCGUUCCCGUCGAAGAGUUCCUGCAGCUCUCUGUGAAAGAGCUUACUGCAUUCAUUGCCAGAGAUGAACUUAAUGUGAGGCUUGAAAGUGUUGUGUUUGAUGCAAUCCUGCGCUGGAUCGGCCACAAACCCAAAGAACGAGAGCAACACAUUGCUGUGCUUUUGUCUCAGGUGCGGCUGGGCCUGACAAACAGGGAGUACAUUGUGAACAAGGUGAUCCCCAAUGUGCUGGUGAAGAACAACCCUGAGUGCAAGAAAAUAGAAGACAAUUCCCUCCAAAUUAUAUUGCACAAAAACUCAAGCAGAUCCUUGCGGUCAGGUCUCAGAAACACUCUCGCCCGUCCUCGUGUACCUCAUUCCGUCAUGUUGUCAAGUGGAGGCUGGAGCGAGGGCAAUCCAAUCUGCGAUAUUGAGGCGUACGAUUUCUCUGCCGACCUUUGGAUCAACAUCCCAGACAAGCUGGAGCAUCCUCGGGCCUAUCACGGCACAGUCUUCUUCAAUGGUUAUGUCUACUGUGUCGGUGGCAUGGGCAGAGUGGAGUAUUUCAACAGCGUGGUCAGAUUUAACCUGAGGACACACACCUGGCAGGAGGUGGCGCCGAUGCACUACCGCCGCUGCUACGUGAGCGUAACAGUGCUGGACGGGUUCAUCUAUGCCCUCGGCGGCUCUGACGGAAGGAAUCGACACAACACUGCAGAGCGCUACUGUCCCGAAACCAACCAGUGGACACAGAUUGCAACCAUGGACUUGGUGAGGAGCGACGCCAGCUGCACAGUACUGCAUGGCAAGAUAUACAUGUGUGGUGGUUUCACCGGGACCGAGUGCCUGCAGACGGCUGAAUUUUACGAUCCAGAAACCAACCAGUGGACAAUGACCAGCCCUAUGAGAAUUAGUCGAAGUGGACUCAGUGCUGCUGCAUAUAAUAACAAAAUCUAUGUAGUUGGUGGCUAUGAUGGUCACACCCGUCUGUCAUCUGCUGAGUCCUACAACCUCCAGACCAACACCUGGCACCAGCUGAGCCCCAUGUUGACUUGCCGUAGUAACUUUUGCCUCGAUGUGAUACAAGAAAGGUUAUAUGUCGUUGGGGGCUAUAAUGGCGCCUCCGUCACUCAAAUGGCAGAGGUCUAUAAUCCUCACACUAACGCAUGGUCUGACAUCACUAUGCCAGACUUCCCCCGCAGUGGAGCAAGCUCCUGUGUUGUGACCGGAAUCUUCAACAUGGCUGACUACACAUUAUCUCGAGACUCACUGCCAUAUUUAAAUUUGCACGGAGAAACCGAGAAUUCUGGGGAUUCUGAGUAA